AUGCCCGCCACCGAUUACUCGAUAUUUUUGACGGCAUUGAUGACAGAUGGGUCGAGGAGGAACGUCUCCGAGAAGCAUCUCCCUUCAAGCCCAAAUCCGCCAAUCCUGGACUCGAUCGAGACGACCCCCACCGAUGCGACCAUCUCGUAUUUUCCGCCUGAGGGCAGCGAGAUUUCGUAUUACAUCGAAUAUUUCCCCGUCGACCGCGAGGAAUAUGCAAAUUUUGUGGAGACGAAGUCGGCGCUGGUGAAACUUCGCGGCCUCGAUCCGUCAACGAAUUUUCGGUUGCGCGUGCUCUCCGUGUUCCGCGGCGUGCCAUCUACCGAAUCGAUCGAUACGACAUUUUCCACGAAAGACGGCUCGAAAGAAAAGGAAUACGAAUACGCGUCGAAAGAAGAUUAUCAAGGCGCCGGCGGAGCUGCCAAUAACCUGGUGGAAGAGCAGAAGAAUCAGACGGACGUCACACCGGAUGGGGACCAAUACUACUACCAAGCCCGGAGGGCG